GUCUCCAAUCCAAAAAGCCUUUUAUUCACGAAACCGAAAUUAUCGGCGAAUAUUUUUUUAUUCAGGAAUCAGAAAACCCUAACACCUGCGUGCGAUUUCACCAUCUCAAUUCUCAUCACUUCCGUCGUACUUCAACUUUCAAACCUUAGGUACGUUACAUAUACUCUCCGUAACGCACAUUCAUUUUCUUCACUGAAUAAUUCUAUCUAUCUCUAUAUUUAUCAAUUUCCCAAUUCAAUUCAAUUCAACCCCCUUUCUUCUACAACCUAAUAAUCCCCCAAAUCAAAUUCCAUUAAUUUCAUGGCCACAGAAGCUAGAACAAAGUUUCAAAACCCAGAUUACCGACCCGAUUUCACAAACUUAACGCCGCCGGCGGCACCGUCAACUCACGACGGUCUUCACUACUGGCAAUUCAUGAUUUCUGGAUCCAUCGCUGGCUGUAUCGAACACAUGGCAAUGUUUCCUGUUGACACCGUUAAAACUCAUAUGCAAGCCAUCACAUCUUGUCCAAUUAAAUCCGUUUCCGUCCGUCAAGCACUUCAGUCAAUCUUAAAAUCAGAAGGCCCGUCCGCUUUAUACCGCGGUAUCGGUGCAAUGGGCCUUGGCGCCGGUCCGGCCCACGCUGUUUAUUUCUCGGUUUAUGAAACACUUAAAAAGAAAUUCUCACAUGGAAAUGUUAACGAUCAUUUUGUUCAUGCUGGUUCGGGGGUUUGCGCGACGGUGGCGAGUGACGCGGUUUUUACGCCGAUGGAUAUGGUUAAACAGAGAUUGCAGUUGAGUAAUAGUGGUUAUAAAGGUGUGUUUGAUUGUGUGAAGAGGGUUUUGAGUGAGGAAGGGUUUGGUGCUUUUUAUGCUAGUUAUAGGACUACUGUUUUGAUGAAUGCGCCUUUUACCGCUGUGCAUUUCGCGACUUAUGAGGCUGCAAAAAGAGGGUUGAAUGAGAUUUCGCCGGAGAGUGUUGAUGAUGAGAGGUUGAUUGUUCAUGCUACUGCCGGGGCCGCUGCUGGUGGGUUGGCUGCUGCUGUUACUACGCCGCUUGAUGUUGUUAAAACUCAAUUGCAAUGCCAGGGUGUGUGUGGAUGUGAUAGGUUCAAAAGUGGUUCCAUUGGCGAUGUUAUUAAAACAAUAGUGAAAAAGGAUGGAUACAAAGGGCUCAUGCGAGGGUGGGUUCCAAGGAUGCUCUUUCAUGCUCCUGCAGCCGCUAUCUGCUGGUCUACAUAUGAAGCUGGAAAAUCUUUUUUCCAAGAUUACAAUGAGCAGAGAGAUUCUGGAACUGUCACCUAAAUAAAACUAUAAGGUAGAAUAUUCAUUAUUCUUCAGUUCCACUACAGAUUACUCUGUCUGUAACAGUGUUAAAGUGCUUCAAAUAGAAGUUAGCAAGCAGCCUCUUGAAGUCCUGGCUUCUGAACUCUAAAUUAUAUGCAGAGGGCGUCAGAUUAACUUCCAAAAUAAGUUAUUUUCUUGUAGUCAGGUAAUUCAAGUUUCAUAAUCAUUUUUGUUUUACUGGAAUAGCUUUUUGCUUUAUACAGGGCAUUAUUUAAUGGAACACCUAUGUGGUACAUGAAUUUUUUGUUCACAAGUUUGGGGACACUGUAGUUUUAAUUAUGUGAAGGAUUAUUUGAUAUAUUAUGUAAUUUGAUGGAUCUCAUUUCCCAACACAAUAUUUUGUUAGCAUUUAUCUCUA